UUUCCCUCCAGUCUUUUAUUUUCUUCUAUCACUAAGCUCAACAUGUCAAUGCUUCUCCGACGGCAACGGCUUCAUGCGAGGCGUUCACAGUGUUCAUUAUCAAUGGCGCGAUCGCGGGAAGGAAUGGAGGGGUUUUAUUUAACCUACAAAAUCCUCCCAUAUUUUCCCAUCCAGCUAGCAGAGGCAAGAGUUACAGGGGAAGCAGGAGCAUCGGGAGCAGAGGCAACAAACCAAGCGUUUAUUCAGAACCUCAAGAUUCUGAAGCAUCCGUUGAUUCAGAAUCUCCAACUAAUGUCAUUUCGUGUACUGUUUUCCAACUCCAGAUCGAGGGGUUUAGAGAUCUUCAACAGUUUUCGAUGCCAUAGCCGGCCCAAGGGUCGAAACAGGUCUUCUUCACAGUGUUCACUUGCAAGUUGCUGAGAGAGAUGUGCUACAUGAAAUGGUCAAGAUAGUAAAGAAAAAGAAGGGAACAACACCAUUAGUAGAGAGAAAGCAAAUAUAAUGAAAGCAAAUUGAACAAAUCAAGCACUUUGCAAAGAAAGGUUAUUCUACCUUGGCAAUUCUAUUAGGGCUAUUUUCUUGGUUUCUAUACGAAAUGGCAGACUAGGGAAAUAGCACAUCAUCAUCAUCUGAAUAUUCAGAUGAAUGAGCAGCAAGACCCGCUCUAGGGACAGAUGAAUACUUCAACGAAAUGGUAUAUUGCACUUGCAAUAGGUGCCAAAAUAGGAAACUAAAGAAGCGACGACUUGUCGGUAUCCAUAGAUUGAACUAUGGGGUUUAUAUAGAAGAGCCGCUUCCAGUUCACAAUAUUUCUAAAGAACCAACAGAUGUCACCGAUGAUAGCCACUCUCAAGAUGAAGAACAAGACACAGUUAUGGAUGAAGACACUUUGAAGAGAUAAAUGAGGCUGGUGUCAAUGAAUUCAUCCAAGACUUCUACACAUCUUUUGAAGAAGUUACUGAUUCCCCCUAGCUCAGUUGGCUACGACACUUGUUUUCCCAAAUGCAGAUACUUCUAUAUUGGCAACACUUAUGUUGUUGUUGAAUUUGAAGGUUACACAUGGAUUGACAAAUACAUGCUUUACUGAUAUAUUAAGGCUUUUGGCAAAUAAAAUGCUUCCAAAGGACAAUAAGUUGCCUCGUUCUCAUAGAGAAGUAUCUUCAGUAAUGAAAGACAUUGGAAUGGAGUACAAUACAUAUGAUGCAUGUCCAAAUGACCAUAUAUUGUACUAUGGAAGGAAUGCAAAUUUGCAGCAAUGCCCAGUGUGUCACACAAGUAGAUAUCGUCAAGAUCAAGUAUCCAAGAAGGUUCCUUAUAAAGUACUGCGACACAUUCCAUUAAAGCCAAGGUUCGAGAGGAUGUUCAAAUGCAAGGAGUUGGCAAAAUAUAUGGUUUAUCAUGCACAUGGGAGGAGCCAAGACAGUGUCAUGUGUAUGGCCGCAGAUAGCAAAUAUUGGAAAGAGAUUGAGGAAAAAUGGCCACAUUUAAGAAAUGAGCCAAGGAAUGCAAGAAUUUCUCUAGCAAUGGAUGGUGUAAAUCCAUUUUGAGAUCUUAGAACAACAUAUUUUGUUUGGCUAGUGUUAAUUAUUAACAACAAUCUCCCCCCCUGGAUGGCAAUGAAAAAGGAGCAUGCAAUGUUAACUCUUAUCAUACCAGGGAAGUAUCACGUAAAGGAUAUGGAUGUAUACAUGGAGCCCCUCAUUGAUGAGCUUCGUGAAUUAUGGGAUGGUGUAAAUAUGCUUGAUGUAUCAAGACCUAUCAAUGAUAGAAACUUCUUCUUUCAAGCGAUGCUUAUUUGGACAAUUCAUGAUGCCCCGGGGCUCUCUAUUUGUUGUGGGCUAGAAACAAAGGGGAAACAUGGUUGUCCAUCAUGUGGGCCAAAAAUGUUGUAUAGGCAGUCAAAGGAUCUCAAUAAAACUGUAUAUGAUGAGUAUAGACAAUACUUACCACAAAAUCAUCGCUAUCGAGUACUUGAGAAAUUCAAGUUCAAUGGAAAGGAAGUGGAAAUGAGGAAGCCAAGAAGGAUGAACCCUACUAGGUGGAAAACAAUGUAUGACAAAAAAGAAGGGAUAGGCUUUCCACCGGGAAUGAAAAGACAAUCUAUUUUCUACAAAUUAGACUAUUAUGAGAACUUGCCAAUAGCCCACCUAUUUGAUACGAUGCACAUUGGGAAAAAUGUGGCAGAGUGCUUGUGGAAACAUCUAAAUGGAACCAACCUUGAAGCACAAAUAAAGUUACGAAAGGACCUCCAAGUUGUUAGUGUCAUGCCUAACAUGUGGUUGCAUGAAAACAACUCAUAUAAUCAUGCUCCGUGGACUUUUACAUCAAAGGAGAAAGAAAACAUCAUUGAUACAAUGAAAAGCAUAAGAUUUCCUUCUGGUUUUGGUGCAACAUUAAAAAACUUAUUCACGAGAGAUGGAUCAGAGUUCUCGGGCCUAAAAACACAUGAUUGGCACAAUUGGAUAAAGUAUGUGUUGUCUGCAGCAAUACCAAGCACUUUUGACCAUGAUGUUAGGUUGACUAUUUACAAAUUAUCCAAAUAUUUGAGGUAUUUUGAAUCGAUCAUUCGUACUCUUCCAUGACUUAUAGUUUUGAAGUGAUCAUAAGUCUUUAUUGUAAUACAUGUCAACACUUGUAGGUGGGUCUCAACUAUUCAGUAGAGAGCACAAUAACAAUAUAGCUUUGAUUUCAUCAUCUAAAUUUAUGCUCAUUGAUAUCAAUUGAGUAAUCAAAGUAUUAAAUUCAUUGAGGUGAUUCAACAUGAUCCCUCCCUCCUUCAUUUUUAGAUUGUAUAACUUUUUCAUGAUAAAAACUUUAUUCGAAGCCUAAGCCAUCUCAUACGUAGCAGAGAGUUUUUUCUGGAUAAUUCUUUCAAUGUCUUUUCAGCUGAAACAUUAAAAGGAAUAAUAUUGUUGGAUAACAAAAGGAAGAUUAU